CGCAUGCGCGAACGAGCUCCAGUCACCUCAACGUUCGGGCGCGAUUAGAGAAAAGGCCACGCGGCGGUUUCUUGAACGGGCAGCGCGAGCGUCGGCCGUUAAGUUCGCGUUCCGACCCUGGUUGUGAGGCGGCCUGGACCCCGGCUGUCUGGAGUUCUCUCCUAGUGACUCCGUUGGGAUUCAGGCGAGACCAUAAAUCCUGGUGUGGGAUUACUUCGAUGCAGGGGGACCUCAGGCCUCGUCGGUCGGAAGGGCCUCUGCGGGAGUCUGCGCACCCUAAUUGCAUCCGCCGAAUAAUGGAAAAAUACCAAGGAGUUCUCAAAGGCUUUUGUGACCAGGGUCACUGGGUUGCUGUGAGUUUCCUGGGCUGUAUGACCAUGUUCCAGAAGCAUUAUUUCCAGACAUUUCACCUGCAUCUAUGCCAGGCAUCCUUAGAGGUUGUGAGUUACUAAACCACAUCCUUAAAGAUAUCAGGAAUUUAUGUCAAUAUGGAUGCAUGCAAGAUGCCACAGAGAUUUCAUUUAAGGAAUCGAAAUUUAUCCCCGAGAAUUCCACGCACGGUUCCCAAUGGCAAGGGUGUUUUACUUGAAGAUAAAACAUCAGCAAUGCUCAAGAAUUUUUCAAUUUGUGACCAGGUUAAAUUGUUUGUUGCUGAUCAUGACAGCAAUAUCAUUGAAAAUAGCCAUGAUGGCUCUGAAAAUGUGUAUCACAAACAAAUAACUGGAUCAGAACUAAAUGGAGGAGAACUGAAAGGGGAUUUGGCAACCAUUAAUAAUCUCAGUAAUUCGCUGCUGCCUUCUGCAAAGGAGAUACACUCUGUGAAUAUCAUAUCUGCUUCAACAAUGAUACCAUCAAAGCAAAACACAUUAAAGAGCAUCCCUGACAAUGCCUUAUCUGGAAACUGUGAUCUGAAGUUCAAUCCCUUAUUUGAGCCCAAGUGCCAUUUUUGUGGACUAUUUGGGUUCUUGCGAUGUACACAGUGUAAACAGGUAUAUUACUGUUCGGUGGCAUGCCAGAAGAAAGACUGGCAAAAACAUAGUGUGGUAUGUAAGAAAGUUCAAUUGAAUACAGAUAAAGCUGAAGAUAAUCCAAAACCAUCAAUUGAAAUAAAGAACAAGGAAAAUGUGGUAUCUGUGAACACUAAUAAAACAGUAGAACAGUGCAAGAAAACAAUGAUUUCUGAUUUGGGCAUGUUGGAGCUCAGAAAAAAUAUGAAAGUAGAGGGCACAGUGACCGAAUUUCUUAAUCCUCAUGAAUUCUACAUACAAAUCAAGACAGUAGAAGUUCAAACUAACAUAAGAAAACUUUCUAAGGAACUCAAAAAUCAAGUUGGAAUAAAUCUAAAUGAAUAUUUUCCUAUCAAAGGGGAAGUUGGCAUUGCACAGUCCUCCUUGGAUCAGAAUUGGUAUAGGGUGCUGAUCAAAGAGGUGGACAUCCUUAAAAAGAAUGGUCACGUACUAUAUAUUGACUAUGGAAAUGAAGAUAAUAUACCACUAAACAAAAUUAAACAAUUGCCCAAAGAUAUUGCUCAACUUCCACCCUGUGCCGCUAAAUGCUCUGUUGAAAAUGCUCUUUUUGUUAAAGAAAAAUGGAAUGCAGUCUCCCGCAAUACUGUUGCUCCACGUCUUAAAGGAAUGCGUUGUUUCUUAACUAUUACUAAUAUUUUGAGGGGUGAAAUUCCGUGUUUCAUUGUAGAUGUUACUUUACCAGAUUCUGGUAAACACUUACAUGACAUGCUCUUGGAAAUAGAAAAUGUUUUGAAUUUAAAAAAUGUGCAUAUUGAGAUGGGUAAUUCAACUACUGGUUCUGCGAAUAAAAGUAACAUUCAAGAAAAUAAAUGUGAAAGCAAAGAUCAUAGUGAUUGUCUGACUCCAAAGGUUAUCUCACUAUCUAUAGGAGAUUCAUUUUGGGGUUUGGUGUCCCAUAUACAAACUCCAGGAGAUUUUUUUUGUCAGCAGAUAAAAAAUGGGAGCAAACUUUCCAAACUUCAAGUAUCGCUGAACGAACACUGUGAGAAAAUCUCUACCAUGAAAGAUUUCUCCCCAGCAAUAGGAGAAAUGUGUUGUGCUCAGUUUACAGAAGACCAACAAUGGUAUCGUGCAUUGGUUUUGUCCUUUGUUUCUGAAAACACAGUUCUAGUGGAUUAUGUAGACUAUGGAAAUGUUGAAGUUCUCGACUUAUGUAAACUUCGACCAAUCGUUCCAGAAUUAAUGGAACUACCAGCCCAAGCUAUUAGGUGUACUCUAUCAGGUGUGAAGCCAGUAUCUGAAACCUGGUCCACAGAAGCAACUUCAGUCAUGAAGAAGCUAUUUCAUAAUAAAGUGGUCAUCAUAAAAGUAUUGACUAUGAAGGAAAAUAAUUUUGUAGUAGAAAUUACAGAUGACUCCAUGACUCCAAUAAUAAAUGUCUCAAGUUACCUCUUAAAAUCAGGAUAUGCAGUAGAAGAGUCACCUGCAGCAGUAGUAACUGAAUCAAGAACUACUACCUCGGAAGAAAUGAGUGGUCAAAAGCUGGACCAACUUGAUGCAUCCUGGGUCACAUUGACAGCUAAACAGGUGGCAGAUGUGAUUGUGUGUGUGCUGUUCAAUCCCAGUGAAUUCUACUGCCAGGUGUACUGCCAUAAAGACUUGGUUGCACUAGAAGAACUUAAUUUAUCUUUAAUGGAAUACUGUGAGAAAGCAGCUCCAUGUGUUUCCAAAAUCACAAAGGGCGAGCUGUGCUGUGCUUAUUACUCUGCUGAUGGUAGGUGGUACCGAGCCUUAGUGAAAGAUGAUGCUUCUAUUGAAGUUCAAUUUGUGGAUUAUGGCAAUUGUGAAAAAGUUACCCUGGAUAAAAUGAGACCAAUUUCAGCAACAUUUAUGAAACUCCCAUUUCAGGCAAUCAGAUGUUGCCUAUCAGGUGUGUGCCCAAUAAAUAAGGAAUGGAGCAAUGAAGCGACAGCAGCACUUCAGAAGUGGAUAGUUGGAAAGAAACUUCAGGCAAAAGUGGUUUCUUCAAUAAAAAAUAGUGCUGAAAUUGAACUUACUGACAAUACUACUGGUAGUCCAAUACUGAUAAAUGACAUUCUAGUUAAUGAGCAUUUGGCUUUUAAAAAAGAACUCAUGUUAAAUAAAAAAAUGCCUUCAGUUGAAUUAGCUCACGAUUUUCAAGAAAUGUCUCUAAAUGUAGAGUGGACAACAGUCAAAUUUGCAGUUGGUGAAACAGUGUCUGUACGUGUAUUAGAUGUAAUAAAUCCUGAGUUAUUCUAUGUCAUGCCAACAAAGCCCAAAGUGGAUCUACAAGAGCUCCAUAAGUUAAUGACUGAACUUGCUGAUUUCUGCAGCUUUCAAAAUGGUCAUCCCUUAAAACCAAAAGUUGGUGAACCGUGUUGUGCCAGGUUCUCAGGUGAUAACAAAUGGUACCGUGCUCUUGUUCUGAGAAUUUUAGUUUCAGAAGUGAAAGUAGUAAAUGCAGACUAUGGAAAUGUGGAAGUGUUGCCAUUUUCUAGACUACUGCCAAUAACUUCAACCUUUUUGGAAUUACCUUUUCAAAUACUGAAGUGUUCCUUAGCAGGGAUUACAGCACCAGCAACAGAGAAGAUCAAAAGUCUCUUAUUUAAUGAGUGUGUCAUAAUUACAGUAAAAGGAGUCAAUAAAAAUAUUCAUGAAGUAACUAUCCAGAAAAAUUGUGAAAAUCGUACUCUAGAAACAGCAGAUGAAAUGGUAAUUGAAAACUCUGUCUGCUGCAUCAGUGGAAAUCAAUGUGCAGAGAAAGAUAAGUUCUGCUUUACAGAUUGGAAAAAGCGAGUUGUAAAGCUUGAAAAGAUUGUUAAUUUUCUACUUAAAGAUCGUUUUGGUGAAGAUGAACCUCCUGAAAUUGCAAAAUUUUUAGAACAAUAAAGGCUCACUAUAAUACAUGUAAUGAACUAUAUAACACAGUAGUGGUUCCACACAUAAGUAGUACACAAUAUGAAUAUUAGAGCAUCAUAUACAUGUAACAUACACAGAAACCAUACUCAGUCCUAAGGUAU